GAAAGGAAGUUAUGGCAAACGUCAUAUUACAAAAUCAUUGCCUCACACCCUGAAGGACAAUUAAUGCGAUUUUGCUAUUGAUCACGGAGUAAAUGCAACGACCAAAAAGAGUGAGUGACAGAGAUAGAGACAGAUCAAAAGAUGUCUCAAGAAUCAGUUGAUACUCAACAAAGUCUGCACCACAGGGUGCUGAUAGUGGCACUGAUCGUGUUUACCCAAGACCUGAGCAGCAGUGGAGGAGCACAGGCAUGGACCUACAACUACAGCAUCACUCCAAACCGGAGGUGGCCUCAGGCUCGCCAGUGGUGCCAGCAGCACUUCACAGACAUGGUGGCCGUCCAGAACCAGGAGGAGACCGACUUCAUCAACAAUCUGCUGCCGUUCAACCCAAAGUAUUACUGGAUAGGCGUUCGCAAAGUGGAUGGAGUGUGGACCAGGGAGGGAAACAGUAAGGUUGUGCCAGAAGACGCCCGGAACUGGGCCCCAGAGGAGCCAGAUGACAUAGCGGGUCAGGACUGUGUGGAGAUCUACAUUAAGAGAGAGAGAGACACUGCCAUGUGGAACAAUGAGAAAUGCCACGCUAAGAAGGGAACUGUCUGCUACACUGCCUCUUGUACGCAGGAUUCCUGCAGUGCACAUGCAGACUGUGUGGAGACUGUAGGGAACUAUACCUGCCGGUGCCAUCCUGGUUUCCAUGGUCCACGCUGUGAAGAGGCAAUUGCGUGCAAACCCCUGUCGGAUCCAGAACAAGGUUCUCACUACUGUUUCCAUCCCUAUGGGUUUAGUCGUUUCAACUCUUCCUGCCGUUUCCACUGUGAACUUGGCUUCCGCCUGGUAGGCAUGCCCCAACUGUUAUGCCAAACCGGUGGACGCUGGAACCACCAUGUUCCUCUGUGUCAAGUUGAACAGUGCCCAGUUCUGAACCACACCAACAGCAGCGGGGGUCGUAUGAACUGCAGCCACCCCAUCGCACCCGACAGCUACAACUCCACCUGUGAGUUCAGGUGUGAGGAGGGCUAUGAGCUCAGAGGAGAGGGCCAGACACGCUGCGAUCACACCGGCCAGUGGACAGCCAGUGUCCCAGCAUGCACAAUAAAAAAGUGCGGCCCCAUUUUCUUUCCUGCUGCGGGCAACGUGACGUGUGUGGACACUGUGGAGCCUUUCUCCUUUGGCUCACAGUGUAACUACGCCUGCCAGGAAGGCUACGACCUGAGCGGAGACGACACACUCGCUUGUCUGGCUUCAGGACAAUGGAGCAAACCCACACCUACAUGUGCAGUGGUACAGUGCAACAGUCUCGAGGCUCCACCCCACGCUUCCAUGCAAUGCCAGGAGCCUUUUGGGGUUUUCAGCUAUGGCUCAAUAUGCACUGUGCAAUGUGAAGAAGGAUUUGAUCUGACGGGAACAAACAUGACAACAUGUUCUUCACAGGGCAACUGGAGUCACACACUUCCUGUCUGCCUGGCUAAAAGGUGCAAUCCCCAAAAGCCUCCCUCUCACGGCUCCCUCUCCUGCUCUGACCCAAAUGGAGAGUUCAGCUUUGGUUCUCGCUGUACGUCAACCUGUGACGAGGGUUUUCUGCUGAAUGGCACGGCCCGUGCUGAGUGCACCUCUCUGGGCGCGUGGAACGCAGACAUCCCACGUUGCAUGGCUGAAAGAUGUCCCACUCUGAGCCCUCCAAACUAUGGCGACCUAUUUUGCUCUGAUCCCUACGGAGAGUUCAGUUUUGGUUCUCGGUGCACCUCAACCUGUGAGGAGGGUUUUGUUCUAAAUGGGAUGGCCGACACAGAGUGCACCUCUGUGGGCACGUGGAGCAGAGACAUCCCUCAAUGCCUUGCGAGGAGAUGUCCCACUCUGAACUCUCCCCCACACGGCUCUUUAUCCUGCUCUGAUCCCCAUGGAGAGGUCAGCUUUGGUUCUCGGUGCACGUCAACCUGUGAGGAGGGGUUUCUCCUGAAUGGGACCGCUGACACAGAGUGCACCUCUGUGGGCACAUGGAGCACAGACCUCCCAAACUGCUUGGCUAAGAAAUGUCCCUCUCUCGACCCUCCCUCUCACGGCUCCUUAUCCUGCUCCGAUCCUCACGGAGAGUUCAGCUUUGGCUCUCGGUGCACGUCAACCUGUCAGGAGGGUUUUGUACUGAAUGGGACCACUGACACAGAGUGCACCUCUGUGGGCGCGUGGAGCAGUGAAACAGAGGACUGCCGGGCACGUCCAUGCCCCCUGUUGGCCAAAGCUCCACAACAUGGGGGGAUGAACUGCAGCCAUCCAUUCUCCCCUUUCAGCUUCGACUCCCAUUGUGACUUUGAAUGCGAUGAGGGUUUCUGGCUGAGAGGAACACCAACGAUGGCAUGCAACCACUCAGGCCUGUGGAGUCAGGAUCUACCCACCUGCGAGCUGGUGCAGUGUGAGGCCAUCCGUGUCUCGUCUUCGCCCCUGUCCAAGAACUGCUCCCACCCCCUGGGGAAUUUCAGCUUCGGCUCCCAGUGUCUUUUCGCCUGUGAAGAUGGAUUCUCCCUGAAUGGCACUGAGGUGCUGGGCUGCUUGCCCACUGGGGUUUGGAGUGACAGUCUGCCAAACUGCACAGAAGAUAUGCCAGUGGGGGCCCCCAUGUUGAUGUACAGUGGAGCUGGGGCAGCGUCUGUUGUGGUGCCACUUGUCCUGAUUGGUCUGGCUCUGCUGAUUUUGACAAGAUCUAAGAGAAGAGCUCUGAUCUUUGCAGGAAUCGCAAUCAUCUCCGAUAUGCCAUCAUGGGAAGAGAGAGAGAAUCCAGCAUUUGAGUUUUGAUUAUUUAAAAAAUGUUUAGAUCUUUUUUUUAGUUUUUUACAGUUGGAGUAGAGCUCUAACGUCCAGGCUUUAAAAUUCAAAUAGCCAAGUAAUAACUGCACAUUUUGCAUGAAAAGCCUCACCUCUUUAUUAUUCUUAAAAAGCUCCUAAUCACACACAGCAGCCAUAGAGCAAAGUUUAUCUGCAGCUUUGCUUUGUUUCCUGUCUAUACAUUCCUCAAAAUGUCAAUAAACUUUUACAAUCGUU